AGGGUUGAGCGGCGAACCACGGAGUAGAAAGCAACACCUGCUUCGGACCAGUCUCAAUUCUGAGCACAAACUCCUCACUGAAGCUAUUUCUUGAAGCUUGACCUUGCUGGACCUUUGUAGUUAGGGCCAGUCCAUAAUGGCCGGUACAAGGAAUUACGACUUUUUGGUAGGUGGCAGUUUCCUCUCUGGCGAAUCAUCUCUCUAAUAUUAUGUAUCCUCAGAUCAAACUGUUGUUGAUUGGCGACUCGGGUGUCGGUAAAUCUUGCUGUCUGCUGCGAUUCAGCGAGGACUCAUUCACUCCGUCGUUCAUUACCACUAUUGGCAUUGAUUUUAAGAUCCGCACUAUCGAACUCGAUGGCAAGCGCGUGAAGCUCCAAAUAUGGGAUACGGCUGGGCAAGAGCGAUUCAGAACAAUUACAACAGCUUACUAUAGAGGAGCAAUGGGGAUUCUCCUGGUUUAUGAUGUCACUGAUGAACGGUCGUUCCAAAAUAUCCGCACAUGGUUUUCCAAUGUGGAGCAGCAUGCAAGUGAAGGUGUUCACAAGAUACUCAUUGGCAAUAAGUGUGAUUGGGAAGAGAAGCGAGCAGUAUCGACCGAGCAAGGCCAGCAGCUAGCUAACGAGCUGGGUAUUCCAUUUCUAGAAGUCUCGGCCAAGAACAACAUCAACAUUGAAAAAGCUUUCUAUGAUCUUGCUUCAGAUAUCAAGAAAGGAAUGGAUUCAUCAAAGUCUGAGCAGGUCAGCUCUCAGGGCGUUAGUAUAGACCAGCAAGGCUCUGGCUUGAACGGCAACACAAGCGGAAAGUGUUGCUAAUUCAAAUUCUCCACCUCUGAAAGCUUCAAGUUCUCUCCCUCUUGUUCCUCUGUGGCCCUACACCUUGCCCCACAUGUGGCCGAGCACGUGUCAUGGAUGGUAUAUACCAAAGCUCUCAUACUC